AUUGCACUGCGAGGUCGCUGGGCUGAUCUCUGCGACACCCAACCGAAAUAUAACCCGACAGCGCCCACUCCGACUUUCUCUGCACACACGGAGGACAGUGGGGAGUGACUUGCACGGUGAUUGGUCCAGGAGGAGUGUCCAAGAUGAGGAUCGCUGUAAUUGGUCAGAGCCUGUUUGGCCAGGAAGUUUACAAGGAGCUGCGGAAAGAGGGCCACAGCAUUGUUGGUGUGUUCACCAUACCUGACAAAGAUGGAAAAGCGGAUCCCCUGGCCACGGAGGCGGAGAAGGACGGCGUGCCGGUGUUCAAGUUCCCGCGGUGGCGCGUGAAGGGCCAGGGCAUCCCGGAGGUGGUGGACAAGUACAAGGCGGUGGGCGCCGAGCUGAACGUGCUGCCCUUCUGCUCCCAGUUCAUCCCCAUGGAGGUCAUCGACCACCCCAAGCACGGCUCCAUCAUCUACCACCCCUCGCUGCUGCCCCGGCACAGGGGAGCCUCCGCCAUCAACUGGACUCUCAUUCAUGGCGACAAGAAGGGAGGGUUCACUGUGUUCUGGGCAGAUGACGGACUGGACACUGGACCAAUCCUGUUGCAGAGAGAAUGCGACGUGGAGCCCGACGACACCGUCAACACCAUCUACAAACGCUUCCUGUUUCCCGAGGGCGUCAAGGGAACGGUGGAGGCGGUGCGCAUGAUCGCUAACGGAACUGCCCCCAAGAUCACCCAGCCUGAAGAGGGCGCCACCUACGAAUGCAUCCAGAAGAAGGACAACUCCAAGAUCGACUGGAACCAGUCAGCUGAAGCCAUCCAUAACUGGAUCCGAGGGAACGAUAAGGUUCCUGGUGCCUGGGCAGAGGUGGACGGACAGAAAGUGACGUUCUACGGCUCGACGCUGGUGGACAACGGCACCACGGCUAACGGCAAGCCCCUGGAGAUCCCUGGAGCCAGCAAACCCGGACUGGUCACCAAGACAGGCCUAGUGCUCUUUGGCAACGACGGCAAGACGCUGCUGGUGAAAAAUCUGCAGUUUGAGGAUGGCAAGAUGAUCAACGCUGCUCAAUACUUCAGCGCUGGAGCCAGCUCUGCUGUGGAGCUCACCGAGGAGGAGAAGACCUUCGCCGAGCAGAUGAGGGUGGUGUGGAAGAGCAUCCUGACGAACGUGGACCAGGUCAGCGACUCCACCGACUUCUUCAAGUCCGGAGCUGCCUCCAUGGAUGUAGUGAGGCUUGUGGAGGAGGUGAAGCUGAGGCGCAGUGAGCUGCAGCUGCAGAAUGAGGAUGUGUACAUGGCCACCACCUUCCAGGACUUCAUCCAGAUGUGCGUCCGCAAGCUCCGCGGAGAGGACGGCGAGGAGGAGCUGGUCAUCGACUAUGUUGAGAAGAACGUCAACAACAUGACGGUGAAGAUCCCUCACCAGCUCUUCAUCAACGGGGAGUUUGUGGACGCGGAGGGAGGGAAGACCUACAAGAGCAUCAACCCCACAGAUGGACAGGCCAUCUGUGACGUGUCCCUGGGCCAGAUCUCGGAUGUGGAGCGUGCGGUGGCGGCGGCUAAGGAGGCCUUUGAGGAGGGCGAGUGGGGCAAGAUGAACCCCAGGGACCGGGGCAAGCUCAUGUACAAGCUGGCUGACCUGAUGGAGGCCCACCAGGAGGAGUUGGCCACUAUCGAGUCCCUGGACUCUGGUGCCGUGUACACGCUGGCCCUCAAGACCCACGUGGGCAUGUCCAUUCAGACCUUCCGCUACUUUGCCGGCUGGUGUGACAAGAUCCAGGGCUGCACCAUUCCCAUCAACCAAGCACGCCCCAACCGCAACCUCACAUUCACCAAGAAGGAGCCUAUUGGUGUGUGUGCCAUCGUGAUCCCCUGGAACUACCCCCUGAUGAUGCUGGCCUGGAAGACUGCAGCCUGUCUGGCAGCCGGUAACACCGUCGUCCUCAAACCUGCACAGGUCACCCCAUUGACAGCGUUGAAGUUUGCAGAGCUGGCCGCCAGAGUGGGCUUCCCCAAGGGAGUCAUCAACAUCCUGCCAGGAUCAGGUGCUCUGAUUGGUCAGCGUAUGUCGGACCACCCUGACAUCCGCAAGCUGGGCUUCACCGGCUCUACAGAGAUUGGCAAGCAGAUCAUGAAGAGCUGUGCGGUCAGUAACGUGAAGAAGGUGUCUCUGGAACUGGGAGGGAAGUCUCCUCUCAUCAUCUUCAGCGACUGUGAUCUGGAUAAAGCAGUGCGCAUGGGUAUGAGCUCUGUGUUCUUCAAUAAAGGAGAGAACUGCAUCGCAGCCGGACGCCUCUUUGUGGAGGAGUCUGUCCAUGACACAUAUGUCCAGAGAGUGAUGGAGGAGGUGAGGAAGAUGAAGAUUGGCGACCCGCUGGACCGCUCGACGGACCACGGCCCUCAGAACCACAAGGCCCAUCUGGACAAGCUGGUGGAGUACGCGGCAGCGGGGGUGAAGGAGGGGGCACGGCUGAUGUGUGGAGGCAAGCAGUGCGCGCGGCCAGGUUUCUUCUUUGAGCCCACCAUAUUCACAGACGUGCAGGACCACAUGUUCAUAGCCAAGGAGGAGUCCUUCGGCCCCAUCAUGAUCAUCUCCAAGUUUAAGAACGGUGAUGUGGAUGGUGUGCUGCAGAGGGCGAAUGCUACAGAGUUCGGUCUGGCGUCCGGGGUGUUCACGCGUGACAUCAGCAAGGCUCUGUAUGUGAGCGAGCGACUCCAGGCCGGUACAGUGUUCGUCAACACCUACAACAAGACAGACGUGGCAGCGCCCUUCGGCGGGUUCAAGCAGUCUGGCUUCGGCAAAGAUCUUGGUCAAGAGGCCUUGAAUGAGUACCUGAAGACUAAGGCGGUGACCAUCGAGUACUAAACUGAGGAGGAAAGCCCCGCCCCCCAUACAGUAACAGCCAUGAAGGCGGAACAGCAGGGACGUUCUAGAACCUAGGAGGGAUUCUACUGUGAAAUGGACCAGCUGAAGACACAAGGCCCAAGUAGAGAAGAAGAUAUACUUGCACUGCUGUGAUGAAUAGAAGCUAAUCGGAGGCAUUGCUAAAAAAAAAAAACAA